AUGGAUUCCGCCAAUCCGAUGACCACGGUCUCACGGCGCUCAAAGCCCAAGACCCGAACAGGCUGCUUAACCUGCAACUCUUUCCCACGUGCUUGUAGAUUCCGUCGCGUCAAAUGCGAUGAGCAGAAGCCAUCAUGCCUACGCUGCCUCUCCACCAAACGCAUCUGCGAAGGCUAUCCCAUCAUAUCCCGACCCACCAUCGCCAUCACCAACCACCUAGCCGAUGAAGAACGACGGGCCUUUUCAUAUUUUCGCAGCCGAACAGCCCAUCGGAUCUUCGGGGAACAAGACGCCAAUGAAUGGGUCCCUGUCAUUCUUCAAAUAGCACAUAUUGAGCCUGCAGUCCGACAUGGCAUCACCGCCCUAGCCUCUCUGCAUGAGAGCCUAGAACCAGUCAACAACCAGCUCACCUGGCUUCGUCAAACUCCCCAGGAUCGCAGUCUUUCAGCUCAAAUGCUAGCCUUGAGACAUUAUAACCACGCCAUUCAGUCCCUCCGGAGCGAGUCCAUUGUUAUGUCCUCCCGUCCUGAUAUCACCAUGAUCCUUUGUAUUCUCUUUCUCUGCUUCGAGCAAUUCCGCAGCGGCGAUGCUGCUUGCUUGGUGCAUAUGACUGCGGGCCUCAAGCUCAUUGAUUGGUGGCGGUCUCGCACGGAUAACUACACCAAACUUAAGGAGUACUCCCGUCCGACUCUGGAGUUUAUGAAUGAGAAAAUCACUCCUAUUAUUCAACGUCUUCGGGUCCAGUUUUCUCUGUGUAUGGAUUCUCGACAUAGGUGGGGGCGUUAUGGGGUUACCUACGGUUUACCACCUACAAUCCCAACAUGUUAUUCCUCGUUUGAUGCGGCGCGAAGGGAUUUCGAUCGUUCAAUGAGUUACAUGUUCUCCGUCCUGGAAAACAACCAAGUCACAUAUCAUCAAGAACCCGCACGGGAUCCGAUAACUAUCCUACGCCAGUGGAAAAACUCGUUAGACGCCUCAAACCUAUUCUCCCAAACCACGCACCUCCAAGGAUGUAGCCGCAGACUACUAGAACUAUACUACCACGUUUCUAUCGUGAUCACGGGCACCUAUUACACCGAAAUUGAGACCGCGUUCGAUAAAUACCUUGACCAAUUCCAAGCCAUUGUCGAUCUCGCCGAGCAAAUCGCCAUCGACUGGCAGCACGCGACCAAGGAAUACAGUCUCAUGUUCAGCUUCGACCUUGGGCUCACUCCGCCAAUGUUCCUGGUGGCGUCUCGAUGUCGUCACCCGGAUAUUCGACGAAAGGCUGUUCGGCUCAUGCUCGAGUCGCCCUUUUACCAUGGUGUUUGA